CGAGAAUUCAACGGUAGAUGAAUACGCGGAUGCCUUUGCACACGCAUGUAAAUCGCGCAGAAAGUCUUGCGGAGGGUACAGUAUGGUAUGGCAAAAGCAAGGUGCAAGCAUCAUGCAUGCCCCUUGCUGGAAGUUGAAACUUAAAGCCAUGCCCUACAUAAUAUACUCCUCUUGGAGCACAGGAACUACUCUUCAACAGCGUUUUUUAAGCCUAAUGUUUCCGUCUAAAAGCUACACUGGCUUUGGAUCAUCGGACGACUAUCUGCAGUACGAGCUGCAAUAUCUCACUAAAUUGAAGAAAUACACAGAGAUAGGCCUAGAGGGCUGUAAAACUCGAGCUAAUCUGAAUGAAAACAACUUAUGCUACAAUACCGGAGCGAGGCAGCACGUAUGUUCAUUUUGUGAAGUUGUUUCCAUUCAGUAGCACGAGCAUUCGACAGAAUUUCAGCAUUUUCAAGAAUGACUAAUACAUAGA